CGGUAGGCCGCCGCCGUCGGUCCCAGCUCCGCAGAUAUUUGUGUACACGUAUCACGGCUGCCUGGGCUGGACCGAAGAGUCAAUGGGAACGAGCUAACUUAUCGCUGGCUAGCUUUCAAGUGGAAACCGAUCUCGGCUUUCUUGGGUAACAUUUAUGUACUCGGCUGAAGUGAGUGAAAAGCUGCCGUUUUCUCAUAGUAGCGGGACUAGCACACUUUCGUGCAUGGGAAACAGGCGACGUCUGCUGCGGGUGGCUAAAAACGCUUCAAGGUGGCGACAGACAAAGUUGCUGGUAAGCUGAGUUCUACUCUCUCAUGGGUGAAGAACUCUGUGUCCCAUACGGUCAGUCAGAUGGCUAGCCAGGUGGCCACGCCCACAUCCCUGCAGACCACUGCGACCUCCUCCUCCACCUCUCUGUCCUCGCCUGCCCUCUCCCCGUCCUCGCCGGUCCAGCUCAGUCCCGAUGAUGUGGAGCUGCUCGCCAAGCUCGAGGAGCAGAACAGGCUGCUGGAAACGGACAGCAAGUCGCUGCGCUCCAUGAAUGGCUCCAGGCGAAACAGCGGCUCGUCCCUGGUGUCCAGCUCCUCCGCCUCCUCCAACCUCUCCCACCUGGAGGAGGACUCGUGGAUCCUGUGGGGACGAAUUGUCAAUGAAUGGGAGGAUGUGCGCAAGAAGAAAGAAAAGCAGCUUAAGGAUCUCGUCAGAAAAGGGAUUCCUCAUCACUUUCGCGCAAUAGUGUGGCAGCUGUUGUGCAAUGCCCAGAACAUGCCCAUCAAGGAUCAGUACUCAGAAUUAUUAAAGAUGACGUCACCCUGCGAGAAGCUCAUACGCAGAGACAUCGCUCGCACUUAUCCUGAACACGAGUUCUUCAAGGAGAAAGACAGCUUAGGGCAGGAAGUGCUCUUCAAUGUCAUGAAGGCGUACUCUCUGGUGGACCGUGAGGUCGGCUAUUGUCAGGGCAGUGCUUUCAUUGUGGGACUGCUGCUCAUGCAGAUGCCAGAAGAGGAAGCGUUCUGUGUGUUUGUAAAGCUGAUGCAGGACUACAGAUUACGAGAACUCUUCAAACCCAGCAUGGCUGAGCUGGGACUCUGCAUGUACCAGUUUGAGUGCAUGAUUCAGGAGCAACUCCCAGAGCUUCAUAUACAUUUCCAAGCUCAGAGCUUUCAUACCUCCAUGUAUGCCUCCUCCUGGUUCCUCACCAUCUUCCUCACCUCCUUCCCUUUGCAUGUUGCCACAAGGAUCUUCGACAUCUUCAUGUGUGAGGGUCUGGAGAUCGUUUUCCGUGUGGGGCUGGCCAUCCUGCAGAUGAACCAGGCUGAGCUCAUCCAGCUCGACAUGGAGGGAAUGUUACAGCACUUUCAGAAGGUCAUCCCACACCAGCUCGACAGUGGACCAGAUAAGGUCAUCCAGGCUGCUUAUCAAGUUAAAUACAACGCCAAGAAGAUGAAAAAGUUGGAAAAAGAAUACACUACAAUCAAAACAAAAGAGAUGGAGGAACAGGUGGAGAUAAAGAGGCUGCGCACAGAGAACAGGCUUCUGAAGCAGAGGAUAGACACACUAGAGAAAGAAAGCGCUUCCUUGGCAGAUAGAUUGAUCCAGGGACAAGUGACUCGAGCUCAAGAGGCAGAGGAAAACUACCUGAUCAAACGGGAGCUGGCCACGGUCAAACAGCAGAGCGAGGAGGCCGGUGCUCAGCUGGAGCAGGCCAAGAAAACCAUCUGGCAGCUUCAGCAGCAGCAGCAGCCACAAGCGAAGGGACCCCCACGCUUCUCUGAGGAGUCCAUCCUGCAGCUGGAGAAGGAGCUCGUGCAGGCCCGGCUGAAGGAGGCAGAGUCCCAGUGCGCACUCAAGGAAAUGCAAGACAAGAUUCUCGAUAUGGAAAAAAGGAACACUUCACUACCAGAUGACACCAAUGUGGCGCGACUGCAAGAAGAGCUGAUCGGGGUGAAGCUGAGGGAAGCGGAGGCUGUGACCGGACUGAAAGAGCUGAGGCAGCAGGUCAGAGAUCUGGAGGAGCACUGGCAGCGUCACUUGGCCCGCACCGCCAGCCGCUGGAAGGACAGUCCCAAGAAGAACACCCUGAGCGAGCUGCAGGACGAGCUGAUGAGCGUGAGGCUCCGCGAGGCCGAGGCCCAGGCAGAGCUCCGAGAGAUGCGGCAAAGGAUGCUGGAGCUGGAGACGCAGAAUCAGAUUCACAGUAACCAGCUGCGGCGGGCGGAGCAGGAGAGUCGCUCUCAGGAGGAGCGCGUGCAGAAACUGACAGCACAAAACAAGGAUCUGAAUGUGCAGCUGCAAGAAAUCAAGAGGAGACAAGCUGAGAUUGAAUGCAAGAGCAAAGAAGAGGUGAUGGCAGUGAGGCUGAGGGAAGCUGACAACAUUGCUGCCAUGGCUGAACUCCAGCAACAGAUCUCUGAGCUCGAGAUUCAGAAAGAAGAAGGAAAGGUCCAAGGACAGCUGAACCACACGGACUCGAGCCAGUACAUCCGCGACCUCAAAGACCAGAUAGCAGAGCUACAGCACGAGAUUCGCUGCUUAAAAGGACAGAGGGGGGGCUUGUCCAGUCAGCCCGCUUUUGAUGGGAUCCACAUCGUCAAUCACUACGGGGCGGAUGACGAGUCUUACCAGUCUUCAGAUGACGAUGGGGUCAAGAUCUCCACCCUGCAGGUCCCCCAGCAGAGGAGCCGUAUCAAACUACACCCCAAACUCGAGGACAGCGACAGCGAUGAAGAGGAGGAGGAGGACGGAGAGGCCCUGCGGCUCUCCGUUCCUCAGAGCAGCAGCCACAAGACCACCGCCGUGUGAGCAGCACCCCCCCCCCCCCCCCCGGAGGCUGUCAGCACUAACUGUGGAGGAGAGGCUCAUCCAGCACCAUUUCAGAGAAACAAAGAAAUGCAUCAUCAUCAUCAUCAUCAUCAUCAUUUCAUAUCCUGAGAAUCAAACGUGGAUUUCAUUUGUUUACAUUUUGUUGAGGGCAGCGAGCAGGUCAGUCUGGACCUCAGAAUGAAAUCAUGAAGCAUCAGAGACUCUGCUGGGCCGCCAGGCCUGACGGGGUGGGGGGCUCUGUCACACCUGACCCCUCCUGGAGGUACAACACAGUGAGAGAGACUGUGCAAUAAAACACUCUAUAUUACACACUUCAUGUUUUUAUAUUUUAAAGCAUUUUAUACAUGAACAGAAAUGUGUCCAUGCCGUUACUACUAAGUGUCCAUCAUGCAGAGUCGUGUGUGUGUGUGUGUGUGUGUGUGUGUGUGUGUGUGUGUGUGUGUGUGUGUGUGUGUGUGUGUGUGUGUGUGUAUAAAUAUCUAUAUUUCUAAUGUGUUGGUGGUCAGAGCCUGGUAUCAAAGUGCUUCUAUCAGCCAGCGAUGACUUUUUGGCCUUAACACGUGCCGCACGCCUUUUAAGGUCAAUGUGACAUACGUGUAGAUAUGUAAAUGUGUAUCAUGUUAUUCCUUUUGAACUUGAAAAUAUGUAUCUAUUGCAUAUCUGAUGUUUUGAAUAUAUUGUACAUUUGAGAAUAAAGGGACGUAUAAUUUAGAGUAAAACAUAACAAAUCCUGCUUUAGGGCGGUGAACUCCUGGUAGAAUAUUAACCAAUCACCACCUGUUAGAAGCCUUCAGCUCUGUUUUCAAAGCAGCCAGCAUGAAUAAUAAUAAUAAUAAUAAUAAUGAUAGGUGCAGAUGGGGACAGGCUUAUUUCUUAGCUACUGUUGCUGUUGUAACAAGAAAGCAGCAUGAUCUUACUUUCAUGAUGAGGUAAAAGGAGAAAGUUGCUCCUGCGUGCACCACAUCUGCUGAUGACUCAGACCUGAAUGAUGCCUCUCAUCUGUUCUGCUGUCACUAACCUGCACAGAAUGGAUGAAGCUGAAAUAAAAGAGCACUUAACACAACCUGGCAACCAAUCAGGACUGGCAACACGUUACCAAAGCGAGGUGUGUGUUCUGGAUCCGUGAGCAGCUCCGUCUCAGCCCCGGACGUGCAUUUCUGCAAAUGACCUGAACACUAAAUUCUGUAUGAAUCCAGGAGGCCGGCAGAGAGUGUGACUCUGAGCAGGUGGUGAUGAUGAUGCUAAAGUCCCUUUGGUGAUCGAACAGGAGAGGAACACAUUAUGGCACUUUUUGAGUGUGCAGUGCAGUAAGGACACACACUAUGAUGCAGUCAGCACUCUGCAAACUAAAUGAGAUUGUUUUAUGUGUGUGUUUGUGUGAGAGUGUGCGUGAGAGAUGAAUUCACAAUAAAAAUGUCUGAUAA